UACAAUUUUGUGGUAGAUGAGUUUAACUCAAGAAGAAAAGGAUGAUGUCAUAUGGCCUGAUGAAAAAGAGACUUUGUUUUUUACUGUGCUAUAUGAAAGAGUAAAAAAAAGACCCAACCGGGAAUCCAACAUUUAAGGGUCGAGACUGGAAUGAUAUGGAUAAUGAGAUGUUGGUCCGAGGUCGUUAUCAAUAUGGUACUGACAGGCUACGGGGAAAGUACAACAGGAUGAAGCUCAUACAUAGACAAUUCGGUCAUUUAUUGGCUCAUACUAGAGUUACAUAUGAUUCCAGCCGGAAUGUUGUUCAUGCCACAGAGGAAUGUUGGCAGAAAUUGUACAAGAUGAAUAAGGGCUUUAAGAAUUUUAAAAGGAAGGGUUGCAAGAACUAUCCGUUAAUGAAUCUUGUUUUUGGAAAAGGGAGUGCAAGUGGAGGACUUUCCUUCCACCCAAGUACCGACACACUCGGAUGAGGAAAGAAGGAAUGAGGACGUCUUCUUACAUGGUGAGGGGGGCAUGAGCUCAGAGAGAUCGCACUCAAAAGGGAAACGCAAAGCUGAGGAAGCGAUGGGAUCAAGCAAUAAGGACUGGAAGACUAUUUUGGCUAAUGCGGUCCACGCGUACACGACAACAAUGAGUGAAAACGAAAAGAGACGUCGAUCUCGAGAUGAAGAUGUUAGCACCACAUCUACAGGUGCAGCGGGAAAUUUUUCUAUGACCCGAUGCGUUGAAGUCAUAAAUGUUAUGCCAAAUGUGUCAACCCGUGCUUAUAAUGGUUCCAUCGAUGCACUUACAGAUGUUGUCCGACGUGAGGCCUUUAUGGCUAUGCCAGCAGACCGACAGUUGGAUUGGGUUAUGAGAUUUGAUUCUAACUAGUUAAAUUGUGUUUGGAUUGCGUAAUAUAUGUUAUAUGUUUUGUGUAUGUGAACUUGAACACUUUGUUAGAAUAAUGUUUAACUAUGUAUUGUUUGUCGAAUUAUUGAAAGUGUUUGUUACGUAUUAUGUGAUUUAGCAUUUGUCUUGCAACUGAAGCAUGAAUGUUAUACGCAAUUGCAGAUACACAAUGUCACGUAAUGGCAGUGGUGAUGAUAUUUCAGACUUUGCAAGUGAUGAAGAUGAUGAGUUUGGGGCCCUACUAUUAAUGACUACAUGUGUUUUAGUUGACGUCGAAAAAAUUCCAUGUCGAACGUCUAUACUCACAGGUAACGCUUAUAUCGAUGAGUUAAUGACAAGUCAUCCACUAAGAUGCUAUGAAAAUUUUAGGAUGAAGCCACAUGUAUUCCUGCAUUUAUGUGAAAGGCUUAAGAAUUUGGAUGUUCUACACGAUUCAAGAUAUUUAAGGGCUGGAGAGCAAUUAGGAAUAGGCCUUUUAGUGUUAUGUCUAGGGGUGGGGCAACAUACAUGUGCAGAGCGUUUUCAGCAUUCAAUGCGAACUGUUCACUUAUGUGUGAAGCGUGUGGUGAGAGCACUUGCACGAUUGGCCAAAGAAGUUAUAAAGCCGAUUAAUAGGGGCCCUGUUCAACCGGAAAUUUUAGAAAAACCGAAAUGGUAUCUUUAUUUUAAGGUAUGUUUAAGCCUAAUUACCUUUUUCAAUACUUAGGUUAACACAUACUAUUAAUGGUGUACAAAUUUUGUAGAAAUGUGUUUGUGCCAUUGAUGGUACUCAUGUAGCAGCCUCAGCACCCGCUUCCAAACAAAAGACGUUUCGCGGUAGACAUUCAACGGUCACUCAAAAUGUCAUGGCAGCUUGUAGUCAUGACAUGUUGUUUACGUAUGUAUACGCGGGUUGGGAGGGAACGUGCAAUGACUCUCGAGUAUU